UUGUCAGUCGUCACCUCUAGUGAUUCAAGAUUUUACUAUCUGCCUGAGUGCCUGCCAAUUUGGCUUAUCAAAGUUCAAAACAUUUUAUCAAUUGCUUGGUAAUUUUUUAUACUUUUACAUGAAAUACUGAUCGUUAAAAAUAAAUGUUAUUAACAUUGAUACUAUAAAAAAUGGCAGAAUUCUUAAAGGGAUUAAUAUUGUCGAUUUUAUCGGAAAAGUGUUACAGUGAAUAUUUCGUCAAGUAUAAUUUCUUAGACGAACCAUGCUUCAAAACAACAUUAAGUAAAGGGCUCGGUAUCGGUAUAAUUGCUGGUUCAAUUUUGGUGAAAGUACCACAAAUUUUGAAGAUUCUCGGCAGCAAGAGCGCUGAGGGUAUUAACAUUUAUGGAGUUUCCUUGGAGUUAUUUGCAAUAACAGCAAAUUUUGCAUAUAGUUAUGUUAUGAAUUUUCCAUUUAGUGCAUGGGGUGAAGGAACAUUCCUUGCUAUUCAAACAGCUGCUAUUGCUUCACUGGUGCUGCAUUAUGGAGGAGCCCCGGGCAAGGCUAUAAUGUUUUUAACUACUUAUGUAGGCCUAGUAUCUAUACUAGUCAGUGGGUAUACACCAAAGGAUAUAUUAUGGAUGAUGCAAGCUAUUAAUGUUCCUAUUAUUGUUAUAGCAAAGUCAAUACAAAUUCUUACAAAUUACAAGAAUGGAAGUACUGGUCAACUGUCUGCUGUUACUUGCUUGUUGCUAUUUGGAGGCAGUAUAGCAAGAAUAUUCACUUCGAUACAGGAAACUGGAGAUUUCAUUAUUAUAGUCACUUACUGUGUAUCAACAAUUGCCAAUGGGGCCUUGGUCUUGCAAUUGUUUUGGUAUUGGAAUGUUGUUAAUAAGACUGCUAAGAAUAAAAAUAAGAAGAAGCGCACAUAGUCAAUUAAUAUAGUUAUGGACUAUUUAAAUCUUUUUUUU